CCAAAACCCAAACGCCCAGACCUACCUCCACACUCCACACUCCACACUCCACAGCCGUGAUGCAAGCCAAUCUCCUCACUCCACCUCCACGCCCCGCCGCCACCGCCACCUCCACCGCCUUCAAGUCCCUACCCCCAUCACCUCAUGGGCCCCGCCACCACCGGCCCCCAUUCUCCGUCAGAGCCUCCAUUUCCGAGGCCGCCCAAUCGCCGCCCUCCAUCACCAUCGACUCACCCCCGGCCCCGGCCCCGAAGCAGCACCAAAAGCUCAACAAGUACAGCUCUCGCAUCACGGAGCCCAAGUCCCAGGGUGGGUCCCAGGCCAUUCUCCACGGCGUGGGGCUCUCCGAGGAGGAUUUGAGCAAGCCCCAGAUCGGCAUAUCGUCGGUCUGGUACGAAGGGAAUACCUGCAAUAUGCACUUGCUGGGCCUCUCGGAGGCUGUGAAAGAAGGGGUCCGAGAGGCCGGCAUGGUGGGGUUCCGGUUCAACACGGUCGGGGUCAGCGAUGCAAUCUCCAUGGGCACCAGAGGAAUGUGCUACAGCUUGCAGUCUCGAGACUUGAUUGCCGACAGCAUUGAGACUGUUAUGGGCGCUCAGUGGUACGACGGCAACAUCUCCAUUCCUGGUUGUGACAAAAAUAUGCCAGGUACAAUUAUGGCAAUGGGAAGGCUCAACCGACCAAGUAUUAUGAUUUAUGGUGGAACUAUUAAGCCAGGGCACUUCCAAGGCAAUACCUACGAUAUAAUAUCUGCAUUUCAGUGUUAUGGAGAAUAUGUAAGUGGAUCCAUAAGUGAUGAGCAACGAAAGAAUGUUGUCCUUAACUCUUGCCCUGGGGCUGGAGCUUGUGGUGGGAUGUAUACUGCUAAUACCAUGGCUUCUGCCAUUGAAGCUAUGGGAAUGUCUAUUCCUUACAGCUCUUCUACGCCUGCUGAAGAUCCAUUGAAACUGGAUGAGUGCCGAUUGGCUGGGAAAUACCUCUUGGAAUUACUGAAAAUGGAUUUGAAACCUCGAGAUAUUAUUACUCCAAAGUCACUACAUAAUGCAAUGGUUAUUGUUAUGGCACUAGGGGGGUCGACCAAUGCUGUUCUGCACUUGAUUGCUAUUGCAAGGUCUGUUGGUUUGGAAUUAAAUCUGGAUGAUUUCCAGAAGGUUAGCGAUAAGGUUCCAUUUCUUGCAGACCUUAAGCCUAGUGGCAAGUAUGUCAUGGAGGAUGUACACAAGAUUGGAGGAACACCAGCGGUCAUUCGGUACCUUUUGGAGAAUGGGUUGUUACACGGGGAUUGUAUGACUGUCACCGGAAGGACAGUGGCUGAGAAUGCAGAAAGUUUCCUUCCUUUGGCUAAUGGACAGGAUAUAAUAAGGCCCUUGGGAAACCCUAUCAAGAAAACAGGCCAUCUGCAAGUAUUAUAUGGAAAUCUUGCACCAGAGGGUUCUGUAGCAAAAAUUACAGGAAAAGAGGGGCUAUAUUUCUCUGGUCCUGCACUUGUCUUUGAAGGUGAGGAGUCAAUGAUUGCAGCUAUCUCAGAGGAUCCUAUGAGUUUUAAGGGUAAAGUAGUUGUUAUUAGAGGAGAGGGGCAGGGAGGACCAGGCAUGCCGGAAAUGUUAACACCAACCAGUGCAAUAAUGGGUGCAGGACUGGGAAAGGAGGUUGCUUUAUUGACAGAUGGUAGGUUUUCAGGUGGUUCGCAUGGAUUUGUUGUUGGCCACAUAUGUCCUGAAGCACAGGAAGGUGGUCCUAUUGGAUUAAUUGAGAAUGGGGACAUCAUCAAUGUUGAUAUUGCAAACAAGAGAUUAGAUGUCCAGUUAACCGAUCAAGAGAUGGACAGGCGAAAGAAGAACUAUAUUCCACCGCCAUACAAGGUUAACCGUGGAAUUUUGUACAAGUACAUCAAGAACGUGCAGCCGGCUUCAAAGGGUUGCGUGACUGAUGAGUAACGAUGAAGAAUAUCCGUAGACGGGGAAUAGAGUGUGGUAGCAAGCUCAAAUUGGCAAACCCCCUUAGGAUGUGUGCAAUUGGGUGUAGCUUAUGGCGGCUCUUGUAGGAUAUUAUGUCCAGUUGGCUUUGUACCGCUUCUAUCGUAUGUCGUAUGUUUGUGCGUACCAAUUUUGCUGGUUCUAGGUUUUUCAAGUUAUCCUCUAGUUUUUCAGUUUUUAUUUCUGUCUGUCUGUCUGCUAUCUCCAACAGAAUUUUAUUGGUUAGUAAUCAACUUUUAAUCUCUA